UGAUAGUUUGUCUUCCCACAGUUUGAGAGUAUUGAUUAUUUGGAGUAUAUAACGUAAAUAACAGCAAAAUACAGAAGACUGAAGAAAUCAAAAGCACUUUUAAGUAAAUUAAAGCUUUCUAGUUAAUGAUUGAUUCAAAGGAACUAUUUUUAAAUUAUAGAACAAUAUCCAAAUUUUGAUAUUGGAGAACUUGGUAAAGUAAGCAUUGCAGAGAUUCUUAAGUUUUCACAUGUUAUUAGACCUUUUCCUUAUGUUGUCGCUAUUUGAUUUCCAUUUUUACAUUCCACUUGAUUUAUGAUAUUUUUUUUCUGGAGGGGUGGAGACUGGAUGAUCUAAAUCCAUAGAGGUGAAAGUAAAUAUAGUUUGUGUUAACCUCACUCCCCGCUGCUUUAACUAUCCACACUUCAUCAUUUUGUCCCCCCCCCAAUUGGGUUGAAAUUAUUCCACAUGCUUCCGAUGCGGCCUUGUGCAUUAUAUGUACCAACUGUAAAUCACAGCCAGAAUACAGAAGUACAGUUUUCUUUAGGACUGGAAGCAACUUUAUCUAACUUUAUUAAUGUAGAAGUAGUUAUUCAAAAAGUAGAGUAAAAUGGGAAAGUGGAAGACCCUUUUUCCAUUUAAUCAUGUGCCUCUUUACAAAUGUCCUCCUGGAAGAGGCCUUUAAAAUAAUUACAUUUGCGGUUUUUGUGAAUUACCACACGUAAUUGAUUUCUUGCAGCACACAUCAGUAUCGGUCAGAUGUCUCUCACGUGCCUGAGAGAGAUCACAAGGGUACAAUCACACACACACACACACACACACACACACACACACACACACCCUGUAGGUCAUCUUUGAUCAUCAGCAACUACAUGAAAAUAUCCUCCUGUUGGAUUCCUGCUUUCUGUGCUUCAACUUCCCUUUCAAUCAAAUCCAUGUAAACAGCCAUAUUGUUGAGAGAAGUUUAGACUAGCUUAUUUGUGUGCUGUUACCCAGCAGAGGUCCCUCUGUGUGCCAGGGUUCAGGUGUGUGUUUCUCCCUGCUGACUGAGAGACAAGAGCAGACAAGUUCAGUCAUCCAUCAACACACAAUCAGACCCACACUCAGGGGACAACCCAUGGUUUUGGAACAGUAGCCAUGCUGUUAAGUUGCGUAAAGACUCUAAGUUACCACAUGCGGCUGCCAAUUAACAUGUGGCCUGUGGCAGUUUAUCCUCCACAGCUGACCCGAGUGCAGACUGAUAAACUGAUUUGUCUUAACAGGAUGGAAGAAAGAGGAAACAAAGAGAAAUGAAAUUAUGGGAUGUUUUUUUUUUUAGUUUAUUUGAAGUUUAAGUGUGUGUUUGUGCACGUUUUGUGGUCCAGGGUCCAGUUUGUGCGAAUGGAGGGAGAAAAAACAGAGUAAAACUUUUUUUAACCAAACAUCAUUUUAUACACCGUUAAUGAGAUCAUCAUUCUUUAAUAAUUACUAAAAUCAUCUAAAAUGAACUAAGUCCUUCUUGUCUAUGUUUCAAUGAAGAUUAAUAUGUCCUCAUCCAGUGCCCUCCUCCUCACUUUUGUUCUCAGGUUUCCCCGUGCAGCACAUCUCCCCUGAGAGCAGACAAGACACCUGUCACACUUUUCUGUCUGCCGCAGCGAGAGCUCUCUUGACUCCUUUCUGCGCCCGCAUAGCAUGGAAAUCGGUCGCUUGUUGCUUGGAUUAUGUGCCUUUUUGUACUUGUACAGAUCAUUUUCAGCAGAGUCCACAUGCAAGCUGAAGGCCAAGUUCAACCUGAGCGGCUACAAGGAUAUAGAGAAGAAGAAAGUUGUCGUUGGGGGGAUGUUUCCUGUUCACCAGCGUAUCGCUUCCAGUGAUCGCAACACGUCAAGGGUGCCGGUCUCCUCGGGGUGUGAGGGGUUUAACUUCCGUACCUUCCGCUGGACCCAGACCAUGCUGUUUGCCAUCAACGAAAUUAACGAGAAUCAGGACCUGCUGCCCAACACCGACCUGGGCUACGUCAUCUACGACUCCUGCUUCACCAUCUCCAAGGCGGUGGAGGGCACCCUCACCUACCUGACGGGCCAAGACGAGGCCGUGCCCAACUACCGCUGCGGGACUGGGGCUCCUCUGGCUGCUCUGGUGGGCGCUGGGGGCUCCGAUCUGUCCAUUGCCACGGCGAGGAUACUUGGGCUUUAUCACUUCCCACAGGUCAGCUAUUCUUCCACUUGCUCCGCCCUGGAAAGUAAGUUCCAGUUCCCCACCUUCCUCAGGACCAUUCCCAAUGACAAGCACCAGUCCACAGCUAUCGCCCAGCUGGUGCUGCACUUCGGCUGGACUUGGGUGGGCACCAUAGCUGCCAAUGAUGAUUACGGCAAGUAUGGCAUCAAAGCCUUCAAGGAGCAGGUUGAGGAAGCUGGUGUCUGCAUCUCCUUCUCUGAGAUCUUGCCCAAGGUGAGUUCACAAGAGGACAUCCAGCGUAUUGCUAAAACCAUAGUUGAGGCCACGUCCAAGAUCAUUGUGGUCUUCUCGUCAGACGUGGACCUUAGUCCUCUGAUCCUCGAGCUGCUCCGGCACAACGUGACCAACCGCACCUGGAUCGCCAGCGAGGCCUGGGUCACCUCCGCUCUCAUCAACCAGCCUGAGGUGAACUCGGUGCUCGGUGGUACUCUGGGCUUUGGGGUAAAAAGGGCUGACAUCCCGGGGCUUCGACGCCAUCUACUGGAUUUGGACCCCUAUUCUAACCAGCUCACAGAGGAAUUCUGGGAGAUCUUGUUUAACUGCACAUUGGACUAUGGCAAAGCAGUGUGGCAGGCCAAACAGAGGGCCAAGGAGGUCAACGGCAUGCUGUCCAGGGCAGUGAGGGGGGUUCCUGACGGGCUGUGUACGGGCGGCGAGUCUCUGGCACAGCUCAGUAACACCUACUCUGAUGUUUCCCAGUUACGAAUCACUUACAGUGUGUACAAAGCUGUGUACGCUGUGGCCCACGCCUUGCACAACCUGGAGCACUGUGAAGACGGACAGGGGCCAUUCAUCGGGAAAAGCUGUGCUGACAUCACCAACUUUGAGCCAUGGCAGCUGAUGUACUACCUGAAGAACGUACGCUUCAAAGUGCCGCACACGGACGAAGAGAUCUACUUUGAGGGCGGAGACGUGGAAGGCAGCUACGACAUCAUUAACUGGCAGGUCAACAGUCACGGGAAGAUAUCCUACGUCACUGUGGGAAGCUACAAUGGCUCAGCAGCUCCAGAGGACAGGAUGACCAUCACGAAUGACUCCAUUGUGUGGAACAAUGAAAUGUUGGAGCCUCCUCGGUCAGUGUGCAGUGAGAACUGCCAGCCGGGCACCAGGAAGGGAAUCCGACAGGGAGAGCCAGUGUGCUGCUUUGACUGUAUCCCGUGUGCUGAUGGAGAGAUCAGCAACUCAACUAAUGCUCGUGCAUGUAUCCUGUGCAGUUAUGACGAGUGGUCCAAUGAAGCUCAUGACAGCUGUGUACCAAAAAUCAUUGAGUUCCUAGCCUUUGGAGAGCCGCUGGGGAUCACUCUCAUCGUCAUCUCGGCCUUCGGAGCGCUAGUCACCAUUGGUGUCGGGGUGGUGUUUGUUGCGCACAUUGGCACCCCUCUGGUGAAAGCCAACGAUGCUCUGUUGAGUUUCUCGCUGCUCUUCUCGCUGGUGGUGACCUUCCUCUGCUCCAUCGUCUUCCUUGGAGAGCCUCAGCACUGGAGCUGCAUGACCAGUCAAGUAUCCCUGGCUCUGGGCUUUGCUCUCUGCCUUUCCUCUAUCAUGGGUAAGACAGCAGUGCUGAUGCUGAGAGCUCAGGCUCUGAAAGCGGCCCGGAUCAGAGCCAAAGCAGCUGCCAAAGCUGCAAAGUUGGCUGCAGCUGAAGCAGCAGCCAACGGUGGCAGUCCUGAUGUCAUCUUCACCAACACCUUUAUAAACAGUGACUCCAAUGCCUGUGCUAACCCUGAAAUUGACAGUCUCACCUGUGCCCACCAGAGGGCGAUAGCUGCUGUGGCAACUUUAAUACAGGCUAUAGCGUGCACAGUGUGGCUCAUCAUCCUCCCUCCACACCCCUUUGAAAACACCUCUGCCCAGAAUAUAAAGAUCAUUCUGGAGUGUGACGAAGGCUCUGUGGUCUUCAUCUGUUGUAUCUUCGCCUAUGACAUCCUGCUGGCUCUGCUGGCCUUGAUCUUUGCUUUCAUAGCCCGCAAACUGGAGGACCACUUCAGUGAGGCGAAGUGUGUGACCUUCGGCAUGCUCGUCUUCUUCAUCGUGUGGAUCUCCUUUGUCCCAGCGUACCUCAGCACACGCGGCAAGUUCAUGGUUGCCGUCCAGAUUUUUGCCAUCUUGGCUUCCAGCUUCGGCCUGCUGAGCUGCAUCUUCUUGCCUAAGUGUUACAUUCUUUUGGUCAAACCUGAGCGCAACAGAGAGGAGAUGAUGAUGCCCCGCGCAAAACCACGCGAUGGGACCUCAACCGGGACCUCGGCUUCAUUCGUAACAACUGCUACUGAGGUCAAUGCGACGAUUGCAUCCACUGCUAUUGAUGAUUAGUGGAGCUGCACUAAGAAC